AUGGAUAGAUUCGGGUUUGGGAAGUCCAAUAGUGGAUCACCAUCUGCACAAUCCACAAAUUCUGGUAAUUUUGGUGGCGGAUUAGUUAAUAGAUUGCCAUUCAAUCAUAAUAAACAAAGUUCAACUCCAGCAGGUCCUCCAAAGGUUUUAAGAGCUGCUAAUGCUCCAGAUAAUAGUUAUGCUCUGGGUAAUUAUGCCUCUGUUCAUCCAAGUGAUUUCCCAGAUGGUGUUCAUGUUGCUAUAAAUGAUUUGUUUGUCUUUACUACUAGACAUAAUUCUGAUAAGACUCAACCAGGUGAGAUCGGUUUGAACGGUACUCAAAGAUUAUGGGUUGGAUUAAGUCUAAAUGAAGAAGUUGAAGUUAGAAGAUAUGAUAUUCAAACAGAAACUGGUAAACAACCAUAUAUUGGUACAUUAAAUGUAGAAAUUGGAUUCAGAAAUAAAGCAAAAGCAGUUCCAACUCAAUUUGAUCAAGAUGAUUUAGCAAAAGCUUUUAUUAAAAAUUUCGAAUCACAAGUAUUUUCUCCAACUCAAUUAUUAUUGUUAGAUUAUAAAGGUACAAUUUUUGAAAUACGUGUUCAAAGUAUUCAAGUUGUUGAUUUGGCUGAAUUGGAAAAUAAUGAUCCACCAGUUUCAGAUAUUAGAGCAAAAGGUUUAUUAUUACCACAAUCAAUCAUCAAUUUUUUCAAAGGUCGUGAUGGAUUAGUCAAUUUAAAAUCAAGUUCCAUUAGACCAAGAUCAGAUGCUAUUAUUAGACCAGAUUUUAAAUUUGAAGAUAUGGGUGUUGGUGGGUUAGAUAAAGAAUUUACACAAAUUUUUAGAAGAGCUUUUGCAUCACGUAUUUUCCCACCUUCAGUUAUUCAAAAAUUAGGUAUUAGUCAUGUUAAAGGUUUAUUAUUAUUUGGUCCACCAGGUACUGGUAAAACUUUAAUUGCAAGAAGAAUUGGUACAAUGUUGAAUGCAAAAGAACCAAAAAUUGUUAAUGGUCCAGAAAUUUUAAGUAAAUAUGUUGGUUCAUCUGAAGAAAAUAUUCGUAAUUUAUUUAAAGAUGCUGAAGCUGAAUAUAAAUCAAAAGGAGAAGAAUCUUCAUUACAUAUUAUCAUUUUUGAUGAAUUAGAUUCUGUUUUCAAACAAAGAGGUUCAAGAGGUGAUGGUACUGGUGUUGGUGAUAAUGUUGUCAAUCAAUUAUUAGCCAAAAUGGAUGGUGUUGAUCAAUUGAAUAAUAUCUUAGUUAUUGGUAUGACAAAUCGUCGUGAUUUAAUUGAUAAUGCUUUAUUAAGACCUGGUAGAUUUGAAGUUCAAGUUGAAAUUCAAUUACCAGAUGAAGAUGGUCGUUUACAAAUUUUUGAAAUUCAAACCAAAAAAAUGAAAGAAAAUAAAAUGCUUGCACCAGAUGUUAAUUUAAGAGAAUUAGCUUCAUUAACUAAGAAUUUUUCAGGUGCUGAAAUUGAAGGUUUAGUUAAAAGUGCAAGUUCAUUUGCAAUUAAUCAAAAAGUUAAUAUUGGUGAAGGUAAAACUAAACUAAAUAAUAAAGAUAUAGAUAACAUGAAAGUUACAAGACAAGAUUUCCUUGAUGCUCUAGGUGAAGUUUCAUCAGCAUUUGGUGUUAAUGAAGAAGACUUGAAAACUUGUCUUGAAGGUGGUAUAAUUAAAUAUUCACCAAGAAUUGAUGAUAUUUUAAAAGCAGGUCAAAGAUAUGUUCGUCAAGUUAGAGAAAGUGAAAAAACCAGAUUGGUUUCAUUAGCCAUGCAUGGUCCAGCUGGUUCAGGUAAAACUGCAUUAGCAGCUGCUAUUGCACUUGCUUCAGAAUUCCCAUUUGUUAGAUUGAUUUCACCAGAAGAAAUGGCUGGUAUGUCAGAAACUGCAAAGAUUGCAUAUAUUGAUAACACAUUUAGAGAUAGUUAUAAAUCACCAUUAAAUGUUUUAGUUGUUGAUUCAAUUGAAACAAUUGUUGAUUGGGUUCCAAUUGGUCCAAGAUUUUCAAAUAAUGUUUUACAAGUGUUGAAAGUUUACUUAAAACGUAAACCACCAAAAGAUCGUCGUUUGUUAAUAAUUUCCACAACAAGUACUUAUAGUGUUUUGCAACAAAUGGAUCUUGUAAGUUGUUUUGAUAAUGAUAUUGCAGUUCCAAAUGUUCAUACUUUAGAUGAGUUUAAUAAUGUUAUGAUUGAAUCAAACUUUUUAGAUGAUGCUACAAGAGUGGGAGUUUUAAAUAAACUAGCAGGUAUUGCACCAAAAUUCGAUAUUGGUAUUAAGAGAGCAUUGACUAAUAUUGAAACUGCUAAACAUGAUGAUGAUCCAGCUAAUGAAAUUAUUGAUUUGAUGGCUCAAUCUCAAACUUCAUGA